AUGGGAAACAGGGCACACCGCUCCACGGAACUAGCUGUCCGGCUAGUGGUAGCCCAGGUCCAGGAGGCGUGGAGACAGAAGGGUGCGGCGUCUCUAUUGCAACUGGACAUUUCAGGAGCCUUUGACACGGCCAACCAUACCCGACUGCUAGCAACUCUGCGGGAAAUGGGCUACCCGAGGUGGCUGGUCCUCUGGAUAAGAGACUGGUUGACCGGCCGAGAGGCCACCCUCCUUUUCGACGGCAAGGCAGCGACCCCAACGGCGAUUUGGGCAGGGGUCCCCCAGGGCUCCCCGCUUUCACCGGUCCUUUUCAUUCUCUACAUUGCCUCUCUAUACAAGCAGCUGAAGGACGAACAUCCCCACUUGGCUAUUGUGGGGUUUGCGGAUGACACCAACCUCCUGGCUUUCGGCCGAAACCCCCGAGGGGGAGGCACUAGCCCCGUCAAACCAGAAGGGUCUGCCAGAUUCCUGGGAGUCUGGCUGGACUGGAAACUCAACUGGAAAGCUCACCUGGUGGCGGUGGAAAGGAAGCUGAGGACCCAGAGCUACGCCCUGUCGAGGAUCGUGGCAAAGACGUGGGGAAUGGGGCUAGCCAAAGCACGAGAAGUAUACACAAAGUGCAUCCGGUCGGCCGCUGGGCCUAUGGCGCAUCAUCGUUUCACAUCCCCACGGAUGUGGGAGGCGAGCCGGUAA